AUGGUUUACAGAAAUGUUGAGCAGUAUCCCAAUGCAAAGCAAUGUUCCUGGAAUUCUGAAAUUCUCAUACUUGAGAUUGAUGCUCCCAUUUACUUUGCAAAUAACAACUACUUAAGAGAAAAGCACACUGGUUGGAGAGGACUUGAUGAAGGCAUCGUUGUAGUUGGGACUUGCAUGAUUUAA